AAUUUCAGCCAGUUAGCCAAAGCAGAAUGAGCAGAAAGAGUUUGUCCAUCAAAUAUGGCGCUCGUGUCAAGUGUUUUUCUUUUAUACGUCGCUAUUUUACCUGCUAAAAAUCUGUGAAAAGUCCAAUACAAUAUACAAAAUAAUUUGCGAAAACCUCUUAAAAACGCGGCCGUAAUAAACGAGGACUUUUUGAGAUUACGCGUAAAAUGUUGGUGUGUGAAAAUUAGCAAAUUUUAGGUGUUGAAACAAAUAGGAAAAAAAAUUGCCAAUGCAGCGAUAAAAUCGAUUCAUAAAGCCAAUGGAGGAAUAUGAGAAAAUUGUGUGAAAGAAGAAGAAGAAGCAAAAGCAAAAGUUCGCACAAAACAGCAGAAAAGUGAUAGUUGUUGAGUGGUAACAAAAUUAUCAUGUAAAUGUGUACAUGUAUAAUAUAAAAAAUAAGCAAAUAAAGCACACACAUAUAUAAAAAGUAAUCCAAAAGAAACAAAACAAAAUAAAUAGUGUGAAAAAAAAUAAAUAAAGCCAGCCACACAAAGUAUAUGCCAUUCAAGUUCUACUUGAGUUGUGCAAAGUAGGAAAGGGCUGAAGAAGGUGCGGCGCAGUGCUUAGAGAGCGCUUUGUGGCGCACACGAAGGAGAAGCUAAUAAAAAUACGCUAUUUGUGAACGCGUCACAAGGCUCCAACGCCGCCAUCGUGAUUGUUUUGUUUGUUACAAACGUUGUGCGAACUGUUGUGUAUGUACACUUUUAUCGUAUAUCGCGAACGUCAUUCAUAACGUCAACGUCGCUGUUUCCGUUCUCGUCAAAGUCGACAACACACGACACAUUGGGAAAAGGCAUAUUAAUAACUGCCUGUCGUCUUUGAAACUCGCUUAAGUGUAACUUUGGCCAAAGGAUAACGUACUCCCACAGCGUUACGUCGUUAAAACAGACAUACUUCGUCGGACGACGUGGUUUUACGCGACACCAGUAAGCAACGCGACACGCAAACUUAAAAAUUUAUUUUGCGCAUACUUGAUCCUUUUUCCCCGGAUUCCGUACGUUGUGUGUAUAUAUCCACAUACUAAGUGACGAGCAACGUUAAUCACGUGCACACAUAAAACCACACAUCGGUAUAGCGCUUGUAAAUAAGCAUACAUACUAAGAGGAAUAUAUAUAUUUAUAUAGAAAUAUACUUAAACUUGCCGGUAUACACCAUGUCAACUGAUAAGAUCAAAGUUGCUGUAAGGGUGCGACCCUUCAAUCGUCGCGAAAUCGAGUUGGGCACAAAAUGCAUCGUGGAGAUGGAAAAACAGCAGACAAUUCUGCAAAAUCCGCCAUCACUGGACAAAUUGGAGAGAAAACCACCCAAGACAUUUGCAUUCGAUCACUGCUUCUACUCGUUAAAUCCCGAAGAUCUGAAUUUCGCCUCACAAGAGUCCGUCUUCGAUUGUGUGGGACGUGAUAUACUCUAUAAUGCAUUCCAAGGCUACAAUGCCUGCAUAUUCGCCUAUGGCCAAACAGGCUCCGGCAAAUCAUACACAAUGAUGGGUUCGCUCGAGUCCAAAGGCAUCAUACCACGCCUCUGCGAUGAGCUCUUCUCAGCUAUAGCCAAUAAAACGACACAGGAUCUCAUGUAUAAGGUUGAGGUGUCCUACAUGGAGAUCUACAAUGAGAAAGUGCACGAUCUGCUUGAUCCGAAACCAAAUAAACAGUCACUCAAGGUGCGUGAACACAAUGUAUUGGGUCCAUAUGUGGAUGGUCUGUCGCAAUUGGCGGUUUCCUCAUACAAGGAUAUUGACAAUCUCAUGACCGAAGGCAAUAAAUCACGUACUGUCGCCGCAACGAAUAUGAAUGCGGAAUCGUCACGUUCGCAUGCUGUUUUCUCGGUGGUGCUCACACAAAUACUAACAGAUCAGGCGACCGGUGUGAGCGGUGAGAAGGUGUCACGUAUGUCGUUGGUGGAUUUGGCUGGUUCCGAACGCGCUGUGAAGACUGGUGCUGUUGGCGAUCGACUCAAGGAGGGCUCCAACAUUAAUAAAUCACUCACCACCCUGGGUUUGGUCAUUUCGAAGUUGGCCGAUCAAUCGAAUGGCAAAAAGAGUGGCAAUGACAAAUUCGUACCCUAUCGCGACUCUGUACUCACAUGGCUGUUGAAGGACAAUUUGGGUGGUAAUUCAAAAACCGUUAUGGUUGCCACAAUAUCACCAUCUGCCGAUAAUUACGAGGAGACGCUUUCGACGCUGCGUUACGCCGACCGUGCCAAGCGUAUUGUCAAUCACGCUGUCGUCAAUGAGGAUCCGAAUGCGCGCAUCAUACGCGAAUUGCGACUGGAAGUAGAGGCGUUACGUAAUAUGCUGAAACAUGCGACCGGUUCGCCAGUGGGCGAUGUACAACGUGUGGAUAUCCACGACAAGCUGGCCGAAAGUGAGAAUUUGAUGAAGCAAAUCUCACAAACGUGGGAGGAGAAAUUGGUGAAAACCGAACGCAUACAAAACGAACGUCAGCAGGCGCUCGAAAAGAUGGGCAUUAGCGUGCAGGCGAGCGGUAUUAAAGUGGAGAAGAACAAAUAUUAUUUAGUCAAUUUGAAUGCUGAUCCGUCCCUGAAUGAGUUGUUGGUUUACUAUUUAAAGGAACGCACCCUAAUCGGUGGUCAUAGCAUUUCCGGCCAACAACCAGACAUACAACUAUCCGGCCUUGGUAUACAAUCUGAACACUGUGUCAUUGUCAUCGAAGAUGGUGGCCUCUUUAUGGAACCCAUACAGGGUGCCCGUUGCUUUGUGAAUGGUUCGGCAGUGCUGGAGAAAAUUCCAUUGCUCAAUGGCGAUCGCAUACUCUGGGGUAAUCAUCAUUUCUUCCGUGUUAAUUGUCCAAAGAGCGCCAAUGCCAACAUGAUCUCGGAACCACAAACCCCGGCACAGCUGAUCGAUUAUAAUUUUGCGCGCGAUGAGAUAAUGCAAAAUGAACUGAGCAAUGAUCCCAUACAAACGGCCAUCGCUCGGCUCGAGCGGCAACACGAGGAGGACAAACAGGUGGCUCUAGAGAAGCAGCGACAGGAGUAUGAGCGCCAGUUCCAACAGUUGCGUAACACGCUAUCGCCCAGCACACCCUACGCCCCGUAUACACCAUACGAUCCCUUACGUUUGGGUAAGAUUACACCGAACACACCUACAUCGCAAAUGCGCGUGGAAAAGUGGGCACAGGAGCGUGAUGAGAUGUUCAAGCGUUCGCUGGGCCAAUUGAAAAACGAUAUUAUGCGCGCCAAUGCUUUGGUACAGGAGGCCAACUUCCUCGCCGAGGAGAUGGAGAAGAAGACAAAAUUCUCAGUUACUUUGCAAAUACCGCCAGCCAAUCUUAGUCCAAAUCGGCGGCGUGGUGCUUUUGUCAGCGAACCAGCCAUUUUGGUGAAACGCACGAAUUCCGGUAGUCAAAUUUGGACCAUGGAAAAGUUAGAAAACAAACUGAUUGACAUGCGCGAAAUGUAUCAGGAGCACAAGGAACGCAUUUUGAAUGGCUUGCCUGUCGUUGAAACAUACUCCGACGAUGAAGAUAGCGAUGAGGAAAGCGAAAACUCCAAAUCGUUGGAUCCAUUCUACGAGUCACAGGAGAAUCACAAUCUGAUUGGUGUCGCCAAUAUAUUCCUUGAGGUACUCUUCCACGAUGUUAAGCUGGACUAUCACACGCCCAUUAUAAGUCAACAAGGUGAAGUUGCUGGCCGACUUCAGGUCGAGGUACAACGCAUUGCCGGUCAAAUGCCACAGGAUCGCAUGUGCGAAUCGAUUUCCGAGUCUUCGACCGAUUCACGUGACGAAUACGAUGAUCCCGUCGAUCCAAUGUCCAAUCAAAUCACUUGCCGUGUCUCAAUAAAGAGUGCCACCGGCUUGCCGCUCUCACUCUCCAACUUCGUUUUCUGUCAGUACACAUUUUGGGGCCACCAGGAGACGGUGGUGCCAGUGAUCAACGCAGAAGCGCCCUCACACGAUCAGAAUAAAGUAUUUAAAUUUGAGCACACCAAGGACUUCACCGUCGCCAUAAAUGAGGAAUUCAUAGAGCACUGUAUUGAGGGUGCGCUAUCGGUUGAAGUUUGGGGUCACCGCAGCGCCGGUUUCUCCAAAACCAAAGGCUGGGAGGUGGAGCAACAGCAGGCUAAGGCGCGUUCGCUUGUCGACCGUUGGGCGGAACUGUCGCGUAAAAUCGAAUUGUGGGUGGAAAUACAUGAGCUAAAUGACAAUGGUGAAUACACACCGGUGGAGGUGACAAAUCGCACCGAAGUGCUCACCGGUGGCAUCUAUCAGUUGCGUCAGGGUCAACAACGGCGCGUAAAUGUGCGCGUCAAGCCGGUACAAAAUUCCGGCACGCUACCGAUCAUCUGUCAGUCCAUAGUAAAUAUUGCAAUCGGCAGCAUCAGUGUGCGUUCGCGUCUACAACGACCACUCGACUCGUAUCAAGAAGAAGAUCUCACAGUGCUGCGUGAGCGUUGGAGUGAAGCGCUCGGACGUCGACGCUCAUACCUCGAUCAGCAGAUACAAAAGCUUAUCAAGAAAGAGGAGAAGACCGAGGAGGAGCGUGAACGCGAGCUGAGUUUGGUGCACCAGUGGGUGUCGUUGACCGAAGAGCGCAAUGCCGUUUUGGUGCCCGCACCCGGUUCUGGUAUACCCGGCGCGCCAGCCUCUUGGGAGCCACCCGCCGGCAUGGAACCGCACGUACCCGUAUUGUUUCUCGAUCUAAAUGCCGACGAUAUGUCCGCACAAAAUACCAAUGAUGAAUUCUCUGUUGCCGGUCAAAAUUCGAUACUCUCCAAAGAGCAUGGACAUAAAUUCUACACGCUACAAAUACUACAACAUCUGGAGAAAGAUGUCUGCUCGAUAGCCAGUUGGGAUUCGUCCAUGCACGACAGUCAGGCUUUGAAUCGUGUUACCGAAGCGAAUGAGCGCGUAUACCUGAUCUUACGCACCACUGUGCGGCUCUCACAUCCAGCACCCAUGGAUUUGGUGUUGCGCAAACGCAUAAGCAUAAACAUCAAGAAGGGUCCGAGCAUUACCGACCGCUUGAAGAAGUUCCGUUUGGUGCGCGGCGAGAAUGCCAUAUUGCAAACGGGCGUCACCUACGAAGUGGUAUCCAACAUACCAAAAGCAUCCGAAGAGCUGGAGGAUCGCGAAUCGUUGGCACAACUGGCCGCCAGCGGCGAUGAUUGUUCCGCAAGUGAUGGCGAAACCUACAUCGAAAAAUACACGCGCGGCGUUUCCGCUGUGGAGAGCAUACUGACGCUGGAUCGCUUGCGCCAAAGCGUCGCCGUCAAAGAAUUGGAGACUGCGCAUGGUCAGCCGCUAUCGAUGCGCAAGACGGUCAGCGUGCCCAAUUUCUCACAGACGGUUAAAGAAACAACAACUGCAAGUCUCAUGCGUUUCGAUGCCUCCAUGGAGUCGCUGCUGAAUGUCGGACGCUCCGAAUCCUUCGCUGAUCUCAACAAUCAAACAUUGAACUCCAAAUUUCCAGCACAUCCAGCCAUACGCGACUUUGGCACACGCAAUCGCCACAGCUUUGGCGGCAAGGGCAGCAAUGACGAGCCGCCUUGCAAACCAUUUGGCAUUGCUUCACCGGCUACCAGCAAGCUACUGGGCAUGCGCAUGACCACACUACACGAAGAGCCGCUCGGCGUGCAUCGUGCACUCGCCGAGGAGCCCGAAGACAGCUACAGCGACUCGGAAUACACCAAUAACGAGUACGAACAGGAGAAGAAUCAACAGAAUAAUUAUCAUACACGCUCACGGCUCACAGCCUCGAAGACCAUGGACUCAUUCAUGGAUGUCAGCAAUCAUUCCAAUCACAGCUACUUAAGUUAUACAUCCAGUGCUAAUGCGAAUAUGAAGCAUUUAACCGGACUGGCCACGCCCAGCAUGAGUUCGUCCACAUCGAGCGGCUAUGGUUCGCAGGCGGUGUCGUGCAGCAAUUUGACGAAUGAUGACAUCGCUUCUAUGCGUUCAAUGAGCAUUGAUGAGACACCAGACUUUCAAUCGAAUUCACCACCCAACCGGCAAGCACGCUUCAAUCCAUUCUUAAAAGACAUGCCAAAGGCGAAUGGCAAUAACAAACAACAGCAACAACAACAACAACCAGCGCAAACAACGACAGCACAUUUGGCGAUGAACGACGAUCAAAGCGAUCCAUCGCAAAUUCAACAAAAACUAGCACCAGCAAGCACAACAAACAGCGAGAAGACUAACGAAAUCAGAACAACACCUAACACACUCAACGACAAUGAGGCCAACAACACAAAUGCAAAGCUGCCAAACAUUACAACAAAAGCACAAUACACCGCUGCCAAUGCCGAGCUACAGAUGGAAUUGGAUAUGGAUGAUGUGGCGAAUAACGGCGAUUAUGUGGCAAAUACCAUAAAUGAUGAUGAUGUUGUUGAACUGAAGAACAACAACAAUUGCGAAACGACAACAACAACAGCGGCCAAGUUAAUUAACAAUCACAACAAUAGUGAGAAUAAUAAGAAUACAACAAAUGCAACAGCCACAUUAAUUAGCAACAACAUUGCUACCGACAAUCAAAAUGGCAAUGAGACGAUUAAUCACACAACAACAGCAACAACAAAUGAGGCUGAAACACAACAACACCAACCGUUUGAAGGUAAUGGCAUUGUACGCGGCCAACUGCCCGCCGGUAAAGUGGUGCGCCGCAAAAAGACACCACCACAAGGUGGCAACGUCAUGUCCAGCAGUGUCGUAAGCACCAACAACAAUAGCGGUGCGUCGCGUACGCAGUUGCAACGUGCUUCCGUUGCACAAAUGGAGGGCAUAUUGACGGCGUCCAACGAUCGGUUGAAUGUGUCGAUGAGCGGCAGCAUGGAACUCGAUACAGAAACCGAAGCCUCCCUACCCGACUGGGUGCUAGUUGGUGAGUCUGUGCUAAUACGUCCCUACAACACGAGCGGCGUCAUCAGCUACAUCGGCAACACACACUUCCAAGCUGGCACUUGGAUUGGUGUUGAGCUGGACACGCCGACGGGCAAGAAUGACGGCACCGUGCAGGGUAUACAAUAUUUCCAAUGCAAGCCGAAGCACGGCAUCUUUGUGCGCUACGACAAGUUGAUAUUGGACAAACGUGGCAAGGCCAUGCGCGCCUACAAAGCGGAGAAAAGCAACAGCAAAGACACAAACAUGACACGCUCAAAGAGUCGCGGCGAAUCCUUGGCCAGCGUCGGUGGCGCCGCGUCUUCACGCAAAUGAUUAUAUCCAAAAUGUUCGCAUCAAAUGCACCGCUGGGCUAAUUGCAAGCAAUCCACAUUGGUGACAGCAGCCGCCGCAGCCAAAGCAACAACAACUGCAAACGCAACAACAACAGCAGCAGCAACAGCAAACACACCAACAAAUGCAGCACAUGGCGGCAGAGGCGCUGCUGCACCAACGCGCACAUGCACCAAAUUGCGUGCAACCAGCACAGCAGCCGCAGCAAAUGUCACGACGGUGACGGGCACGACACACGUCACCGCCGUCGAUGCGAACACGAGACGUUUCAAGCGACGCUCAACAGCAUUUUAAGUGGCAACACAGCAGCAGCAGCAGCAACCGACCGAGGCGGAUGUUUGUAUGUAAGCUGCGUUGCUAAAAUGCCGCGCGUAGCGUGCGCAACAAACGCUCGAACGGAGUGAACAUUUUGUGGUUAAAAAACUAGAGAUGCAUAGAAAUCACAAACAUCCAAGUCAUACAGCACGCAUAUACAGUUAUAUGCGAAAAUAACGAAAACAUGUAUGCUUCAUAGAACGAACAAACGAAUUGCAAUUGCAUACAUAUAAACACACAUAUUACAUAAUUACAUAUUAUAUUAUAUUAUAUAAUAUGACAUACAUACAUACUUACCUAUAAAUAAUCACAUUGUACAGCCACGUUGUGACCCCUUGAUUGUAAUUAAUUGUAGUAAACACACGUUCCACACACAUUCCCAAACUCCGCCCAACCCCAUUCCAUCCAAAACAAAAAACAACAACAAACAAAAAUCGCCCAUUUCUUUAGAACGUGUUUUCCGUAGUAGUACUGUCCUGAGCAGUCAAACAAAAACACAAAAACAAUUAGUUAUAUGAAAAGUACCGUAAUUUAAUAAAAUUUGUGCAUUUGGUAGUUUGAACAAGUAAAGUUGAUUUAGCGCUUUCUAGUACGCGUAUUUCUUUAUUAUUUUUUUUUUUUAAAUUUUAGUGUGU